AGAUUUUCUAUAGUUUACUUCGGGACUGUGCUUUGGUAACCGCCACUCAGGGACUUGAAGUGCCCCGAAAUUUCUUCUUUAAUAGAGAUCCUUCUUUUAUUUCUAGACUGAAGUUCAAGGAACUCACCACUUGGCUGAAAUUAAGAUUUCCUUAAAUAAUUUUCAAGUGUUUGGAUGCUUAACGAAGAUUAUUUGAAGACUUCUUUUGGAAUCAAAGAGCAUGGAUCCCAGCAGUGACUACCAUUUCCUCAAUCAGAUUUUGUGGAGAAGAGUGAAACUGACAUUGGUUUGUGGCAUCUUCGAGGGCGUGCUUCAGCAUGUGGACCCUAACAAGAUUGUUGUCCUAAAGAAAGUGAAGAAUGUGGAGACAGGUCGGAGUGUUCCAGGAGUGAAGAUGUUUUUUGGGCAUGAGAUUGUGAAUGUGGAACUGCUGGAUGAAGUGGAGCAAGGUGCAGUGAGAGAAAAGGCAUCUUCUGUUAGUCUAAAUACAGAAAGAGCCAGGAUAGAUAAAAUGAAGGAUGAAGACCUAAAUGUAUGUGAGCCUGCUUCACCUGCCUCUGAAACACCAACCACCUCUCUGCUAAAUGACCUCAAGUACAGUCCAUCAGAGGAAGAAGAGGUGACAUACAUAGUCAUUGAUCAGUUCCAGCAGAAGUUUGGAGCUGCAAUGCUCCAUAUCAAGAAGCAGAGUGUCCUGAGUGUGGCUGCAGAAGGAGCUAAUGUGUGUCGCCAUGGGAAACUGUGUUGGCUUCAGGUGGCCACAAAUAGCCGAGUUUACUUAUUUGACAUUUUCCUUCUGGGAAGUCGAGCUUUCAACAAUGGACUUCAGAUGAUAUUAGAAGACAAGAGAAUUCUAAAGGUCAUCCAUGAUUGUCGCUGGCUUUCUGAUUGCCUUUCUCAUCAGUAUGGAAUUAUGCUGAAUAAUGUCUUUGACACACAGGUAGCAGAUGUCCUUCAAUUUUCCAUGGAAACAGGUGGCUUUCUUCCAAAUUGCAUCAGUACUCUUAUGGAAAACUUAACUAGACACCUUAAAGUAGCACCUAAAUAUCUUUUCUUUCUAGAGGAAAGACAAAAACUGAUUCGGGAAAAUCCAGAAGUGUGGUUCACACGACCUCUUCCACCCUCUUUGUUGAAAAUUUUGGCCCUGGAAGCGACCUACCUGCUACCCCUUCGCUUGGUACUUCUGGAUGAGAUGAUGUCUGACCUAACUACCCUGGUGGAUGGGUACCUAAACACCUAUCGAGAAGGUUCUGCAGACCGGGUUGGGGGGACAAAACCUACAUGUAUGGAGCUGCCCGAGGAGCUACUUCAACUCAAGGACUUCCAGAAGGAGCGCAGAGAGAGAGCGGCAAAAGAAUACAAAGUGAAUGCAAAGGGACUCCUAAUAAGGACUGAGCUACGCCCAAAGAAAUCAGUAUCAGAGACAACAGGAAAAGAGGAAAAAGUCAGAGGCUUCUUAUUUUGUAAAAAUUCUGGAGGAGAUAAAGCCCCAAGUUUUACAUCUCCGGAAUUUCAUGAGGAUGUGAAUUUUUUGAAAGAAGAAUCUAAACAAAACAUAGUGAAGUCUCAUCUACUUCCCAUAAAGGAAGGAAAAGCUAGUGACAAUUCCAGUAACAAACUCAUUUGUCCUGAGUUAAAAGGGUUAAAGGAGCAAAGAAUAACUCAGAAAGAACACUUUAUGAUACCCAAGCAUCAGUUCCAGGCAAGUUUUUCUUUGAAAGAAGAGAUAGAACAGUUAUUGAUGGUGGAAAAUAAGGAAGAUUUCACAUGCACAAAGCAAGAUGUUUCAGUGUCUACUUCUCUUCCUCAGGAAACCAGAGUGUCACCAAAUGACACCUUUCAUCCUUUGAAGAAAGUUGUGAUUUCCACACUCCCUCCCUGUCCAGCCUUGGAGAAAACAGAUUCAUGGAUAAAUCCUUCUUUAAAUCUGCCUUAAGAUUUAGGGCUGGGACUGUGGCUCAGUGGUAGAGCUCUUCCCUAGAACCUGUGAGGUGCUGGGUUCGAUCCUCAGCACCACAUAAAGAUAAAUAGGGCAGGGGAGAUAGCUCAGUAGGUAAAGUGCUUGCC